ACCCCAUCGCAGCCAAAGCGCCAACAGCAACAAGAUGAAGGGAUUAUUCAAGUCCAAGCCCCGAAGCCCCGCCGACAUCGUUCGUCAGACCCGGGAUUUACUCGUCUAUGCCCAGCGCUCUCCCGAUUCUGGCGAAAGCAAACGCGAGGAAAAGAUGAUGUUGCCCACUAUUACAUGAACGAUGUUAUUGCCCUUGUUCUUGGAAGCUUUAUUUUGGCUCUCGCCGUUGAGCAUUAUAACGUACCCAAAAGAUUCGCCUUGAAUGUAACCCUGGUGUUCUAUGGAGAUCCCUUGAAUCUGCCAUUGCUGCUGCUGGGAAUAUGUGGGACCGCAACAUUCAUUAGCAUGUGGAUGCACAAUGUGGCAACUGCGGUGAUGAUGAUGCCCUUAGCCACCGGCAUACUCCAGCGGUUUCCGACGGGUCCCAACCAGUCCGUGGUUGUGAGCAACUUUUGCAAAGCCGUGAUUCUGGGGGUGUUGUACUCCAUAACCAUAGGAGGGAUGAGCACUCUGACGGGGACCGAUGUCAAUCUCAUAUUGGUUGGAAUGUGGAAGACCUAUUUCCCGCAAGCAGCUCCGAUCACCUUCAGCACCUGGUUCUGUUUCACCUUCCCUUCGGCAUUGUUGAUGUUCUUGGCUUUGUGGGGUUUGCUUUGCUGCUUGUAUUGCUCAAGGGGUUCAGGCCAGGCUCUCUUUGUUUAUUUAGACAAAGUCCAUUUGAAGAAGGAGCUCGAAUUGCUAGGUAGGAGCCCUCAAACUUAGAGCAACUUACAUGCAAUCAACAUCGAAUUGUGAUGUAUCUUAAGUCAAUCAUGUAUUGUUGCUCAAGGAGUUCAGGCCAGGCUCUCUCUGUUUAUUUAGACAAAGUCCAUUUGAAGGAGGAGCUCGAAUUGCUAGGUAGAAUCUCUCAAACUUAGAGCAACUUACAUGCAAUCAGCAUCGAAUUGUGGUGUAUCCUAAAUCAAUCACGUAUUGUCGUAUGUGAAUUUUUUGACGACUAAAACUGUUUCUAAAUAAAUUAGGCAAAAAAAGUUCAAAUGUGUCUUUGAGGGA